AAAAUAAGUGAUGCAAAGGCAAUCACUACAUCCCAUCAGCAGCCAAAUGUUCAGACAGUCUCCAAGGAAUGUCAAUCUUGGUACAAUUUUCUCAGCCAUGCUUUUAUUUCUGAGCAUUGUGUUAUAUGGUACAGAAUAUCCCGCUGUCAGCUUAUGCCAGCUGUGCUGGCUGUGUCACCUCUCAUCUUCUUGCCCACUUCCAGCCCUCUUGCUUGUUGGGGCAGAAUGAGAAACAGAGAGGUCCUUGAUGAUGGGCAAGCACUGCUUUGUAUUGCUUGUUAGCAAUAGCAAAAAUAUUGGUCGUUAUCAGUGCUCUCUUGGUCACCAGUCUGAAACAGAAAACCACACAGGCUGCUAUGAAGAAAAUUAAUGCAGUGAUUUUAAGGAAAAAGAUAUGGAAGUCGUCAUCUACUAUCUAUUGAAUAUGAGCAGUUGUAGGAUGCUUUAAGAAUGCUUAAAAAAGGUCUGUAAAUACACAGACUAGAAAGGAAAAGGAAUAAAGAAGAGUUGCUACCUUCUACGUGGGUAUGCAUCCUCUCUGGAUGUUUUUUAAUUGGUUGUGGUGCCUGCAAAACAAAAACUCCUGCAUUCUUGUAUUCUGCAAUACAAGAAUGUGAAUUAUUACCAGUUCAAGCUACAGAGAAGGUGCACAUUUUUAGUAACAAGGUUAGUUAGCUUAGUGUUCAACACAACAGGAGCUAUUUGUCCAUUAAGGGAAUACCAACAUUCAAUAAUAGCUUUCUAGAGGACACUUUCUUGUAAGAAACAAAAGCUGUUGCCUGCUUUCAUGCAGGAAAAGAUUGGGGCAGUCCUGUGACCAACACUGUUGUCAUUGCAUGACUGCCUGGUGGACUCUCUGGGAUGAACUUGAGUGCUUCUGAAAUAAUCUUUUAGAAACAUAACCAAACAGAAUCAUAGAAUGGCUUGGGUGGGAAGGGACCUCAAAUACAGAAUCGUAAGUGCUUCUGGAAAAGAUGUAAAUGUUGCAAUUCCCUUCCAGGAUCAUCUUGCAAUCAUUGUUAUGAAAAAUGAACAAGAUGAAGAAAUAAAUGCUGGAUGUUGCCCAAGUUUAAAAAAGAAAAGAAAAGGGACAGGAAAAUGAAGAUUUUGCCAAUGAACUCAGUUUGUGACUUGGAUGCCUUUGUAGCAUUUCACAGUGAUAAGGCUCUGGUGAAGAAAUACUUGAAGUCUCUGCUGAUUGGGGAACUGGCACCAGAUCAACCCAGCUUUGAGUCUAACAAAAAGAAAUCACUUUUAGAAGACUUCCGUGAGCUGCGCUGCACUGUUGAGAAGAUGGGACUUCUGAAUCCAGAUUCCACCUUUUUCUCCCUGAUUUUCCUUCACAUCCUGGUACUGGAUGCUGCAUCCUGGCUGACAGUCUGGUACUUCGGGAUAUCAUUAGUGCCCUUCGUUGUUGGCAUGGCAUUCUUCACCAUUGCUCAGAUCCAGAUGGGCUGGUUCCAACACGAUCUGGGGCACUGCUCUGUCUUUAGGAAGCCUAAAUGGAACCAUCUGCUGCAGAUCAUUGUGAUAAAUACCCUGAAGGGUUUACCUGCCAGCUGGUGGAAUCAUCUGCACAAUCAGCACCACGCCAAACCCAACUGCUUCCGCAAGGACCCCGACCUCAACAUGCACCCUCUCCUGUUCAGCUUGGGAAAGACACUCUCUGUAGAGCUUGGAAAAAAGAAGAAGAAGUUCAUGCCUUACAAUUAUCAGCAUAAGUAUUUCAGCUUAUUGGCCCCACUUGCACUUAUACCCUUCUUCCAGCUGUCCACAUUCUACUUUGCAAUCAGGAAGAAAAAGUGGUUGGAGCUGUUACUGGUGGUGUCUUACAACAUCCGAGUCUGCCUCAUGUAUAUUCCUUUAAUGGGAUUUAACAAUUUCAUGGUGUACUACUGGAUGUCCAGGUACCUAGAGAGUACAUGGUUUAUUUGGGUCUCGCAGAUGAACCACAUUCCAAUGCACAUUGAUUAUGACAAGAACAAUGACUGGGUAUCUACUCAGCUUCAUGCAACAUGUAAUGUGAACCAAUCUUUCUUCAAUGACUGGUUCACCGGGCACUUGAACUUCCAAAUUGAGCACCACCUUUUCCCCACAAUGCCUCGACACAACUACUGGAAAGCAGCUCCUUUGGUGAAAGCCCUUUGUGAUAAGCACGGCAUUGAGUAUAAAAGCAAGACUUUACUCAGAGCUUUUGUAGAUAUUUUGAACUCACUGAAAGAGUCAGGGGAACACUGGCUUGAAGCCUAUCUGCAUGGAUAGAUGCUGGCAGCUCUUGAAGGGAAUUUCUUCACCAGACAACUACUGCUGCAAAGAGUCAGCACAGAUCAGCAGAGUGUUUGUGGCUUCUGACAUAGGAACUUGGGAACUGGGUGAAGCUAAUUGCAGUAAGAAUGAUGGGUGGGGAAGUGGAUUAAAGAUAUUUUUUUUUCAUUGUUCUGAACCACGAUAUCUCUAUUUUUUGCUGCUCUCAAACUCAGUAUUCAGAGCCAUGACAAACUGGGCCUUUAAAUUUGGGAGUCGUAGCUCUUGAAUCAGCUGGAUCAAUUUACUGUGUAGGUGGGGCAUAAAACACCUCAACUCCUUUAUUAUGGGGAAAGUUUAAAUGGCAAUUCUUAGCAUUUUUUGCUUAAUGGCUCAGUGAAAAUGGAAUUAGAUAAAGCAAACUGCAGGAAGUCAGCACACAUUAGGAUGGGAGGAUCUUCAUGGGAUAUUCCAAGAUUGGUAAGUAUGCAAAGAGCAAGAUGGCCUGCAGUAUGUUGUUGUGUCUAGUGAUCGUGUGUGCACCACUUUCUCUUACUAGUUAACUGAAGUGUUAUAACUUGUGCUGUUCGUGAAAUACAUGGGGAAGUAGAUAA